AUGACGACGUCAGGAGCCAAGCUGUGGCUCUACUUGGACGCCGUCACAGGACAGCCAAAAGGCCCUGUGUCUCUUGUAGUCCUCAAAAAGCUUCUACGUAAGGGUAUCGUGCAGCCACAGCAAUUGGUGUGGACCAAGCAUCUCUCUGAAUGGGCUGCAAUCGUUAAUGUUGAGCCUUUGGCAGCUUAUUGCCACGUUUGGACAAUGCUUUGGUACUAUACGGCUGAGAAUACAGCGAAGUUGAGCGAAGAAGGAACGCGGACCGGUCCAGUGACGACGCAGCGUCUCGUGCAGCUUUUUGUGGACGGAGAAGUGGACGGUAUGACGCUCGUCUGGAACCAAGAGCUCGACGGUUGGAAACCCAUUGGUGAAGUGCCGUCGCUGAAAGAGUUUUUACAAGAAGCCAAUGAUGAUUUGAAUCGAGAAAUAGAGUUGCAAGAACAGGCAAGUGAAGUGCCUAUGGAACAUCAAGUUUUUGAGAAUAAAUUGACAGACGCUCUUGUUGCUGAAGAUGGCAAGAAAUAUGUGUUUGAUACGGAGUCGAAGACGUAUAUUACACCUGAAGACAAAAUUGAAGAAGAGCUGGCGUCUUUGCAAGAGGCUGUGGCGGAAGCUAAGUCAGAGAAAGACGCUGGUCAGCCAUGUCUAAAAGAUAACAAGGAUGGACACGAGACUGACCAGAAUGAGAAGCCGAUUGCAUCGAUUGUGUCGACACCAUCCGCUUAUGAAACAAAUGUGGAUGUAGAUGCUGCUAAAAAGCGCAAGAAAAAGAAGAAGAAGAAAAGUGACAAGUGGAAAAGAAGCAGGAGAAAUACGUGGGCGUAUGUGAACGGUUUACCACUGGAUGUUACGGUGCAAGAGGUGCACGAUCAUUUUGCAAAAUGCGGUGUAAUCCAGUCGGACAUCGUAACUGGCGAACCACGCAUUAAGCUGUAUCCAAACAGAGAGAGUGGGGGGUUAAACGGCGAUGGAUCAGUGUGCUAUAUGAAGGAAGCAUCGGUGGAGCUUGCCGUACAAUUGCUCGACAAGUCACAGAUCCGACCCAAGUGGCCUAUCGAUGUAUGCCCCGCGGAGUUUCAGCAAAAAGGUGAAGAGUUUGUUAAGCGGAAGAAGAACAAAAUCGACACACGCGCAAAGAUUAGAAUGUUCGAGAAGGAAAAGGCUUUGUCCUGGAACGAAGGUGAAGUUAGCGAGCCAGCUGGCCUACGUAUUGUUGUUAUCAAGCAUAUGUUUACUCCUGCUGAAAUUGAAGACGAAGCAUAUGAGAAAGAAUUGCAAGAAGAUAUAUAUGGUGAAUGCUCGAAGAUUGGUGAGGUGUCAAAGAUUACGCUCUUUGCCAAGCACAUGGACGGUGUGGUGGCAAUUAAAUUUGCUUCAAGUGGCUCUGCUGCUCGGUGUGUCGAGAUUAUGAACGGACGAUUCUUUGCUGGCCGAAAACUUGAGUGUGGAUUUUGGGAUGGCACAGACUACACCCAUCGGGAAAGUACGAAUGAGGAGAAGGAGCGUGCUGAUAAAUUUCAAGAGUGGCUGGAGGAAGGUUCGUCAUCUUCUGAUAGUGAAGCCAAUGACGAGAAGCAAAUGAAGCAAGAUGAGAUCGCUGCUGGAGAAAAAGAAGCUCGCAAUGGUCGUGAAAUUCCUUGCGUCGCUGAUGGCAGCGACGACCGUGAUGUGAAAAGCAACGAUGAUGUAGACGAGCAUGAAGAUCUUGCUAUCGAGGUGCAUAUGGAUCGGGUCAUGCCAGAUCCUGAUGAUCUUGAUGAUGAAAAAUAA